AUACCUGUAUCAGGUAUUGAUAAGGAAUUCUGUGGUCACCGAACAGAACAGAGGACUGCUGGUUGAGACAGUCCGGUCCAUGUCUGAGAUUCUGAUAUGGGGAGAUCAGAAUGAUAGCUCUGUCUUUGACUUUUUUCUUGAGAAGAACAUGCUGCUGUUCUUCUUGAAGAUCUUACGUCAGAAGACGGGGCGUUACAUCUGUGUACAGCUCCUGCAGACUCUCAACAUCUUAUUUGAGAACAUCAGGAAUGAGACCUCUCUCUAUUAUUUGUUGUCCAACAAUCACGUGAACUCCAUCAUUGAGCACAGGUUUGACUUCUCUGAUGAAGAGGUCUUGGCAUAUUAUAUCUCCUUCCUGAAGACGUUGUCUUUCAAGUUGAAUGUUCAUACCAUUCACUUCUUCUACAAUGAGCACACCAAUGAUUUUGCUCUGUACACUGAGGCCAUCAAAUUCUUCAACCACCCAGAGAGCAUGGUGAGAAUUGCUGUCCGGACUCUAACCCUGAAUGUAUACAAAGUGAAUGACAAUGCCAUGUUGAUGUACAUUCGUAACAAGACAGCGGUUCCGUACUUCUCCAACCUGGUUUGGUUCAUCGGUAAUCAUGUCUUAGAGCUGGAUAGCUGUGUCAGGAACGACAUUGACCAUCAGAGUCGUAAUCGCCUGUCAUCCCUGGUAGCUGAGCAUCUAGAUCAUCUGCACUACGUCAAUGACAUCUUGAAUCUUAGGAUAGAGGCACUGAAUGAUGUCUUGACGGACCAUCUAUUGAACCGACUUCUGAUACCACUCUACGUUGACUCUCUGACCAAGGAGAGGUCCUUCGGCUUAGCUGAGGAUCCUCCCCACAUCAGCUCUGUGGUCUCCCUCUUUCUGCUGUCUCAGGUGUUUCUCAUUCUGGACCAUCCUCCACUUGUCUCCAACCUUGCUGGGAUUUUCUUCCAUGGCAACGAAGCGUUUCUGGCCCAGCAACCCACGGAUAUCAGCGGUAUUGAACAGGGCAGGAAUGGAACCCGGGCCACAGCAGUGGAAGGCGAGGACAGUAACCACUGCGACAAUCUGCUAAACGUGCAGUACCGAGGCUUUGUCAAACCUCAAGAGAGUCUUGAACGCUCUCUAGAGAGCAACAGGGAGAGGGGAAGCACUCCGCAACCCAGGAAACGACCCAACUACCGCAACGUGGACUCACCGACCGACGAGGUGGAAGGAGAGGGUGGCUUCUUUGCUGACGACCAUGAGACACAUGAACAGGACAGGGGGCAAGACGUUGGAGAGGCGGGCAAGGAGGAGGGAAGUCCGAAGGACGAGAUACAAGACCCUGGAGACAAACCUGUGGCUAUAGCCAGCGUUGAUGAGAUCCAGUCCCCGGCAGGAAUGAACUGUACAGAUGAAGAGAAGACGUCAGCGGUGUACGAGGCCAGGCAGUCAGAGUUACAGCUGUCUAGAAGACCGUACCUGCAAGCCAUCAUCAAUGCAUUGGAUGCCAGUACAGGAGACUACCGGACACUGAUAUCACUGUGUUUGCUGUAUGCCAUGGGAACCAAUGAAGGUAUUAAACAAGACCUGUUGGUCAGUGUGUGCUUAACAACUAGAUCAGAGGACAAGACCAGUUACAGCAGAGUCUUAGUUAACUGCCUAAUUGCUAUCAUAGGCCAUAGUUGCCAAUUCAACAGUCGGAUCCGUCCAGUAACCUUGGAGAUGUCUAGUCUCCUCCUCAAGCAGCUCGUGUAUUCAUCAGAGACCAACCGCUGUUUCCUUGAGGACAAGCAUCUAGCAAGCAUUGAGGGAGCCAAGGAGGAGAGUAUGUUGCUUCUACGAAACUUCUACCGAGGCGAUGAACUCUUUCUGGACAUGUUUGAUGACGAGUAUCAGAGCAUGAUGACGAGACCCCUCAAUGUGGAAUACUUGAUGAUGGAUGAAUCUAUAAUACUUCCUCCCACUGGAACGCCACUCACUGGUAUUGAUUUUAUCAAGCGUCUCCCCUCUGGAGAAUUGGAGAGAACCAGAAGGGCCAUCCGCGUGUUCUUCCUUCUUCGCAAUCUGUCACUGACCCUCCGUCAUGAGCCGGAGACCAAGCUACCCCUAGCCAGCCAAGACCAGAUAGUCAAAGCAUCUGACAAACUGGACCUGAAUAACAGUGAUUUAAUUGCCUGCACAGUCCUCAUGAAAGACAAAAGUCCACAGAGGGUCAGGCGAUUUCUAGUGAUUGACAACCAUCAAUUGAUUCUGGUGGAGCCGGAUAGCAAGAAGCUAGGAUGGGGCGUGGCUAGAUUUGUUGGGCCGCUACAGGACUUGGAGGUGACAGGGGACAAAGAUGACAGUCGAUCACUCCAUGUCACCAUUCACAAGCGGAUGACCACCUCCCCCCACGCUAAGCCCAUCCCCCUCCUGGCUGCCAGGUUCCAGUUUGAUGAUCAUAUACGCUGUAUGGCAGCCAAACAAAGACUAACAAAAGGUCGACAGCGAGUCCGUCAAGCCAAGACAGCCGACAUCGCUGCUCUCUUAGAGAUCCCCAGUCCAGCCUCUCCUACCUCCCCUGCCCCGCCCUACCCAUCCCUAGGAGCCGCCCAUCCAGGCAGCGCCAGGCCCGUCUCUCAGCAGACUGGACGAGGGUUUAGCCUCGGAGACAGCUCAUCAGCAGUGCAGAGGGCUGUGGCCCCCAUUGCUCAGGUCAUCGGAGCAAGGCGAGGCCUCUUCUCUUCAGCCAAUCGCCGUCACUCGGACCCCCAGACAAAAGGACAGCCGCAAGCCUCAACACAAGGACAGGAGACAAAAGGAGCAACGGGCUCAGGCACAGCCAAGAGCAAGCCCAAGCCGUUAUCGGGAUCCCCGUCCCACAACACCCCCAAGACCCGAUGGGCCCGGCCACGCAAGACAGUCACCGGCUCGCCCGAAGUAGAAGAAGCCAAAGAUGCCAUGUCACCCUCGGCUUUCGGGACCCCUCCGAUUGCCUCCCAAGAAUCCUUCCCCAUCCAGCUAGAUUUCGACAGCAGCAGCAGUGGCAACGUAGCUGCAGCUGCCGACAGCGACGAUGAUGACAACACCUAUCAACCAAUGAGUGAGCUCGAUACAGAUCAGUCCACACUUCCUCCAACCCUCUCCAAAUCUAAGGCCCCACCCCUGACUCUCAUUCCCAGCUCGGAUUCAGCUGGGGGAAAUGUCGAGUCGCCCAAGCUCCUUCCUCCGGCGUCAGAAGAACGCGUCCGUAGCUUCAGCAGUACCUCCUCGGAUUCCGCCAAAACCUCAGGUCCCACUUCCCUGCCUCUGGUCUCUCCGUUUGCAGUCAAGAGCCCUGCGACGAUUGACGUGAACCCAAUCUCAGCCUCAGCGGAUACAUCAGAAACCACGCCUAUAGAGAGUGCCCAGGCUUCCCUGUCUAGGCUCAGCCAGAGCUGGAAGGACUUAGAACCAGACCAGAUGGAGCUCAAGCAAAUCCGGCAAGGGUCUCAGGAAUCUGACGAUGGCCAAAUCGAACCUGAUCUCUUGGACCUCGGCAAGACAGAAGGAGAAACACAGAUGGCUCCAGCAGAUGUUGAAGACAAAGACUCAUCAUCAUCGGCCUCAGAGACUUCCAGGCAGGGACCAGACUGGGUGAGCAUAAGUGAUAGAGACAGUCUGUUGGACACCAGACUAAGCAUGAAUGAGGACCCCAAGGGGUCAUUGUCUGACCCCCAUCAGGUACCUCAAGGUGUACCGUCCCUGGACGAGUCGUUACAAAACAUGGUGCAGGCCCAGAUGCACAGCUUAGCAACCAGUGACGACAGUUCACCCUCUCCACCAGGGGAAAUUGUCUAGACUCCAUCCAGCAGCAGGAGGAACACUCUUGAUAUCAGUCAACAGUAGAUGGAAGAAAUCAUCUAAACGCAAUCCAACACAAGACUCCAUCCAGCAGCAGGAGAAAUCCUAUGGAUAUCAGCCAGUAGUAGAAGACACCGUUUUGUAAUCCCACGAACUUGAGUGGAACAUUGAAUAAUGUAGUGUGUCUGUAUCCUACUUGCCAGGAGGCCGAUGGCUGAGUGCUAUGGGGGACACAGACGCACUGCGUUAUUCGGUGUUCCAUGAGUGUGAGUGGGAUAAUGAAUUUAUCUUCAAGCAAACUUGACGCACAGUAAAGAUGGAACACGCAAGCUGUAUGUGAACUUUUCGGAGGUUACCCUAUUAUCCUUGCGUGCAUCACUAAUGGCGGGCGCAUCUUAGAAUAGUGCGAUACGUGGAGUGCGGUAUAUGAGAUAAUGUAGCCGAGUUUGUUGCCGUGGAUCGACAAAUCGGGAAUCAAAGAUUCAAGUUUGCUUGAAGAAAAUCUUCUAGACCCUAUCCUUCACCCUCCAUCUCCACCACCAAUGAAUUAUCCAAACCCCAUCCAGCAGCAGGAGAAUUCAUCUACAUGUAUAUGCCAUCUGCCUGCAUUACAAAGUCAACCUAUUGUUUACAUGUACCGGUACCACAUUGUCCACAUGUGCAUUGCUUUUUUGGGGGAAAAAGGUUUUGGACCACUUAAUGAGUUUGCAACCUACAUGUGUUGUGAGUCAAGUUGACAUUGUGUGAAUACCGGUAGAUCAGUGUCCAGCACAUGUAUUCUGUGAUUGUAACAGAGUUUCGUAGUCUGGCAAUUUGAUGUCAUACUGGUCAUGUCAUUGUAGACAUGUAUCGGUUCCUAGCUCUUUACUGUGAGGUAUUUUGAGGUUAAUGAACUCAACAUUGGAAAAAUGUUUACACCUUGGUUUAAUAACUAGCCUCGUUUUUCCAUGCAAAAAAAAAGAUUCUUGCAGUGUCACUUUUGAUUACUUUUGUUUUUUUACUGUAGUCAAGAGGCCUUUUCAAAUGUCCGACAUUUCUGUGUUGUACCUGGUUAGCCCAAAGAGUUGGGAAGCCUCUAUCACUAGCAAGAAACAGACACAGCCUCUGGUUUGCUGCUCUACACGGGUAAAAUUUAGCCCUUCAAAAUACAUCUCACAGACCCAUACGCUUUUUAAACUAAGCUCUCUUGUACAAUCCGGCUUUAAAAAAAAAGCGUUGUCUGAAUUUACUUUAGGAAGCAUGAGAAUGGACUCUGGAGGUUUUUUCUUUCUUUUUUUGUUAUAGUCGCAUGUUAGGAUGAAAUUAUAGCAGAUUUUAUCCUUUCGUGUAUAAUGAGAAUAUGCAAACUGUGCCAAAUCAUUCAUUUUUGCAUCCAAAAUAUAAAAUCUUCAAAUAUAAAGUAUCAAGUAUUUUUGUCAGUGAAAUUUGCAAAAUAUAGUGGGAUAUUAAGCGAGGUACUUUUUAAAAUAUGUCUUGGACUGAAUUCAGUCUGAGUUUAAAGUUUGUUGAUUUUCAUCAAGAUUCGUUUAUUUUCUGAAAGAUGAAUUUGUGCUUUAAGUGAAAUGUGUUUUGUUUUGAAAUUCAAAGCUGCAAUUGUUUUUGAAGAAUUUUUUGUUUUGGAUGAAUACAAAUUUAUUGCCAAAAAUCAAACAUUCUAAGUGUCUUAGAGCAGAUUUCGUCAAGCGGUCAGAUAAUUUUGUUAAUGUAGACUAGAAAAGUAGAUUACCUCCAUUACACAAGCACACCCAAGGUGACGAACUUACCAAAAAAAUAAGUGUGAAGUUUUUGUUCCCCAGUACCAAUCAGUGAAAUGCCUAAAAUGUCAAAAAAACUCCUGAUUUGCCAUAGUUAGUUGUCAGAUGGAACACAUAUGUUUUGCUUAGACUUUUUAUUGCUGUUAAUCUUUUCCCCUGUUAGUUUUAUGCAAUACAUAGUCUUGUUGGGGAUAUUUUUACUAUAGAGCUAUCCGAGAAAGAUCAGAAAUUAUUGCUUACUCUGUUGCAGCAGACUUAAAAAUAUAUCCUAUUUAUUUCCUAUAUAACAAAGUAUAAAGCCAAUAUCUAUAUCAUAUUUUUUGUGAAGAGUGGUUAUAUUUGAAUAGUCUAGAUAUAUGGUCUACUGAUGACUGUUUGUCCGUAUGUCUGUCUUAUUGGCUGUCUGUCAAAGUUGUUAAAGAGGCCAUCCGCAAGUUAGUAACAAGUGGUAUCACUGUUAACAGAGCAUGAACUUUGCCAAGGUAGCCCCUUUAAUUGCCACAGCUCAUAUCAAUAAACGUAACUGACUCAAAGGUUACACAAUUUCUUGUGAUUGACUUGUGAGGACUUAGUGACACUGUACCGGUAAGUGUUGACUUUUGAACACAUUAUAAACGCCUUUUUGGCAGCAAUUUAUAAGCAUUGCAACGCGUUUAAGGAGCUCAAUAUUUGAGUCGGAUUCAUUAUGCAGGUGUCCAUGUACCAAAAACAAAGCCUCGAACAGCCACUUGAAGUUUUGCAGCUGCUUGUUACUGAAAUUUGACUUUUCAGAACAUUAAAUAACGAACAUUCCGAUUACAUUGUAAACGCCUCGUGUUUAUAAACUGUUGCGAAAACGUUUAUAAGUUAAAUACAUUAAUUAAGCUUUACAUACAGUGCACACUAUUCUUCUGUCAGUUGUGCGGUUUGAUCGUCAAUUUCCACAACUUCCGUUGGUCCGUCGGUCGAUUGGUCUGUUGCCUCAUUGCUUUGCAUAAAUCAUCCAGUUUUCAGAGGCUGAAGUGUUUUACUUACUUGUUAAAUUUUAUUUUUUUCAUAUCAUGCACUCUUUAAGUGUCAUGAACUUUGCAAAUAUAGCAAAAUAUCUCAGUAUUUAAAGUAAAUGUAGGAAUUUUGACCCAGAAACCGGAAGUGCGGCUUGCGAUAAUUAACGCCAAAGGAAACCAAUUACACUGGGAACCAAUUUAGCUCGAAAACCCCAAGUUUUACUGUCACGCGGUUGGAUGCACUUGGAAGUUCACCGGCCGGUCGGGGUCAAUCGCAGGUCACACAUCAAAGACAAACACAACUUGUAUGGCAAAAAAAUACCACAAUUAUUUCGCCAACAUCUACAUCUUCUUGGAAUUUGGCUAUUACUAGAGGGGUGGGGGUUUUGUGCCUUUCAUAAAAGAGAUGAAAGGAGUGACAAUUGGUUUCAUCCACUUUAUAAUUACUCCUCAUUCAAUCACAGACCACAAGGGAAUUGUAUUGGGACGGUCACGCAGUGAUCCAUGCCUUGACACAGAUAUUGACAACAAGCCAGUGAACCGCUUUUAUAAAGAGUCAGCGGUCUUCUUUGUUGGAACUUUUGGUGGCCAUCUGCACUUGCUGUGAACUCGUCCCGCACCUGUGCGGUAUUUAACAGGGAGGGGUUUUCAUCCCACUGUUUGAUAAUUUUAAAGAAUUUUUUUUGAACAAGUUGAAUGUGCCAGCAAACCUAACCCUCCACAAUCCUCCAAAAUUCUCAUGGCGGUUUUGGAGGAUUGAGGAGAUUUUAGGAUGAAUGGUGUUUGAGAAACGUGAGGAUUUUGUAGGAUUGAGGCGCUGGGUAUCCUUCAUUUGAACAUAAGUGCAAAAUUCUGGAGGAUUAGGGAUGAUUCCUCGCAAAAAGGGUUCUGGGGGGUAGUUUUAAAAAAAAAUGACUGCCUGUUAAUUUACAAUAUGCCAAGUUUUUGAAAGUCGACACGUCAAAGACUUUCCUCGGAAAUGACGUGUUGCAAAUGCGAGUGAAUGGUUGUAGUGGGUACAGCCUGUAACGCCAGGCACGUGAUCAGUGUACACUUACGAGGCCCCCUUCAAUGGAGAAACCAUUGUGCAUGCUAUUGUACAAAGCAACUGCCUUGUGAUGGAUUAUUUGAACAAUAGCUGGCACAAUGCUUUCGCCAUUGAAGGGGGCCUUCAUGAUACAACGUGCCCGAAUUGGUUAUACUUAAUGCUGGUCGAGGGCUUGCGAGAAAAAAAAUCACAAGCUUGGGACUUGAAUCCACGACCUGCUGCUUACUAGUGCAGACGACUGUCACCACUCCUGUGGUUGUUGGUUUGAGUCCCACCCGUGCAAGUUUGUGAUUUUAAUCUCACAAACUCUCAGACAUAAAAUAAUAGAUGUGAGUUACGUUGGUGAAUGGCAAACCCAAUAAAUUUAUAUUUUCCUGAUUUAGAAGUCUAUCAAAAGACGAUGUCGGCGAUAUUCUGUUUUGAAAAAGAUAUUAAUGUCCAUAGUGGCAGAAGAGAGCGCAAGAAAUAGCCAACUUUAGCGGUCACACUUGUCAAAACUCUUAAAUCGAAAUGAAAUUAUGUUUAAUAUUAAUGUUCUCGCUUCUUCUUCACAUUUAACAUGAGGAGUUGGAAGAAUUAAUGAAGGACGCUCAAACCGAAUUCUUUGUUUUGCCGCGUUAAUAGUUGUGCUUAAUAAUUAAAGUCAUACACAAUGCUUUAUAUAAAGAGUAUUAUAUUUAACAAUUAUAAAUGUGGUAGAGAAACUAUUAAUGUACAGUAUGAUUUGUUGACAAUUGACAUGUCUGCCAGCGUUUGAAAUAAUUGUGUGACUGUCACAGAAGUUGUAUAUAAUGAUAAAAUACGCUAUCAGUAAUGAUAUAAUAGUGUAUUUGAAAGAUGACUUGAAUAAAGAUGAGAAAUUGAAUGAAAUGAC